UAGUUGCCAGAGUCGUGGAAGAGAGAGAGAGAGAGAGAUGAGAGAUGGGAAACAAAGAAAAAGCAAAGGAACGAAGAGAAAAGAGGCAACAAGAGAUAAGGCUUCUAAGGACCAUUCCCUAUUCUGAUGAACAGAGGUGGUGGUCCAAGGAAACCGUUGCUGUAGUUACUGGUGGAAAUAGAGGAAUUGGGUUUGAGAUUUCUAGACAACUUGCUGCUCAUGGAUUGACUGUUAUACUGACAUCAAGAGAUGCUAGUGCUGGUGUUGAAUCAAUUAAGGUUUUGCAAGAAGGUGGCCUGGAUGUGAUUUAUCAUCAACUUGACAUAGUAGACUAUUCAUCCAUCAACCAGUUUGUUGAGUGGUUACGGGAAAACUAUGGUGGUUUAGAUAUUCUGGUAAACAAUGCUGGCGUUAAUUUCAAUCUGGGGUCUGAUAACUCAGUUGAAAAUGCUCAUAAGGUUAUUGAAACCAAUUUCUAUGGCACCAAGAGUGUGACUGAAGCUAUUAUUCCAUUGAUGAAACCAUCACUUGUUGGUGCUCGUAUUGUAAAUGUAAGCUCACGUCUAGGUCGAAUAAAUGGAAGACGAAAUAGAAUCAGCAACAUAGCUUUGAGGGAGCAACUAAGUGAUGUGGAGACCCUUUCUGAGGAACUGAUUGAAAGGACUUUAUCUACUUUUCUAAAACAAGUAGAAGAUGGAACUUGGACAUCAGGUGGGUGGCCUCAAGUAUAUACUGAUUACUCACUGUCAAAACUUGCAGUUAAUGCUUAUACAAGGCUUAUGGCAAGGAAGCUUUCAGAGAGACCAGAAGGUCAGAAGAUUUAUAUUAACUGCUAUUGCCCAGGUUGGGUGAAGACAGCUCUUACAGGUUAUGCAGGGAAUAAUACUGUUGAGGAAGGAGCUGAUACUGGUGUAUGGCUUGCCCUUCUGUCUGACCAAACAAUCAUAGGAAAAUGUUUUGCUGAGAGAAGGGAAAUUAACUUUUAAGCUGUUGCCUAGUUGGGAUUUGAAUAAUUAUAUGGUUACUAACUUUACUAAUUUCAAAGGAAAUGAAAAUGGAAAUCUGUCUGUUGGCAUUAGUUUCUUAGCAGGUUUAAGUUUCCUUCUGUACCAUGUAAUUUUCACUGGUAAGCUAUUUCUUUUGGAUAUUUGUUGCUUCCUUAGUAGUAACAGCAAUUUUACUUUGGG